AUGGGGGCGCCAAACGCGCUGGCGCCUAGCGCGCUGGCGCCAUGCGCGCUGGCGCCAUGCGCGCUGGCGCCAUGCGCGCUGGCGCCUAACGCGCUGGCGCCAUGCGCGCUGGCGCCAUGCGCGCUGGCGCCUAACGCGCUAGCACCUUGCGCGCUGGCGACUAACGCGGUAGCGCCAUGUGCGCUGGCGCCUAAUGCGCUGGCACGUAGCGCGCUGGCGCCUAGCGCGCUGGCGCCUAGCGCGCUGGCGCCUAACGCGGUGGCGCCUAACGCGCUGGCGCCAAACGCGCUGGCGCCUAGCGCGCUGGCGCCUAGCGCGCUGGCGCCAUGUGCGCUGGCGCCAUGUGCGCUGGCGCCUAACGCGCUGGCGCCAUGCACACUGGCGCCAUGCGCGCUGGCGCCAUGCGCGCUAACGCCAAACGCGCUGGCGCCAAACGCGCGGGCGCCUAGCGCGCUGGCGCCAUGCGCGCUGGCUCCAUGUGCUCUGGCGCCAUGUGUACUGGCGCCUAACGCGCUGGCGCCAUGCGCGCUGGCGCCUAAUGCGCUGGCGACAUGUGUGGACUUGGUGCCAAAAAUUGUCUGCUACCAUUUUUGCUCUCCUUCCUUUCUGCUGCAGGUGAUGCAUUCCGUGCAUGCUGAUGUGGUUUUCGUGUUGCCUUGGAUUCGAGUUUAA